AUAGACCGCUACUCUGCGUCGCUGCGGUGUAGUAGAGGUGUAAGUAGAAAGCAGGCAGGUAGGAAAACAGCGGCACAUUUUUAUGUUUGCGCCGACCUGUUAUUUUUCCAAUUUAACAACUGAAUUAUCCAUGCAAUUUUUAUACUACUUCAGUGGCAACGUGUUGUGUGGCUGUGUGUUUGUUUACGUUGAAAGAAAAAUUGGCAUCUCAGGAAAGUUUAUUUUGUGCAGAUACUGAAACUUUUUAUUUACUUUUGACACGUUCUCAAUCAAUCUUCACCCAGUGAUUACGAGUCUGUGUUUUAGCUGUGUUUACGUAAUGGGAGUAGUAGCUGUGAAUACCGCUGGAGAGAUUGGUCCAGUAUGAGCGGUAUCUGUCCCUCUUGGCCGAGCAGACCGCCCCCGACCAUCCUGAUUACAACGACAUCUCUCGGACGGCUAACAAAGCCGCAGCAAUGGUGAAGAGAGCUGACCAUGGUCGGGAGGAAUCGGAUCUGGAUCGAAUCCAGGAUCUCUUUCCGAGCGACAACCUGCGGCUACACGAGAGAGAUCCCCUCUCACCGCGGAAAGGUCUGAUGCGAUCUAAGUCUUCUGCUGCUUCCAAAAUACAAAAAGCUUUGCCGGGGAAGAACAAAUCAAGCAACGGAGAAAUGCCAAGCAGUCCUAGCAGGCCUGAUGCUCUGUCUUUCCAAAAGAAGCACCUAUGGGGUGAUGACAACUUCCGUGUUUUUAUUAUGGAAAGUCCUGUAAAUUUCACCAUGGGUGUGCAAAAGCAAGAUCGGCAUCUUUUUCUUUUCAACGAUUUGUUACUGGUUGCUAAGCCAAGGUCGGGUGGCACCUAUAAAUUGAAGGACAAGAUUCGGAUGAGCGAAAUGUGGUUGUCACAAUGCUUGGGCGACGUCUGCGAGUCCGUGAAACAAGCUGCCACCUCGUUUGUCAUCGGCUGGCCCACCACCAAUGUUGUCGUCACCUACAGUUCUCUGAAAACGAAAGAUUUGUGGCAACAGAAGCUUUUGCAAUUAAUUGAAGAAUCUAAAGAAAAAGAAGGAAAAUCUCAAACAUCCAUUCAAAUUUCUUUUCGAAGCCCAGACACUGGUGAAGAAAUUUGUAAAACUCUUAAGGUUGACAACACACUGACUGUUCAAGAUACCAUUAAGCUAGUUCUUCAACAACUAGGUUAUUCUGAGAAUGGAAUUAAAGAUUAUAAAUUGUGGGUAAAGACUGGUAAAGAUGAUGCUCCAUAUCCUUUAAUAGGUCAUGAAUACCCUUUCAGCAUUAAAAUGAAUUUUAUUCGUGAGCUGUUGAGGAGAUCUGACUUAGAUCUUAGAAAUUUGAAUAAUAUCAGUACUGAUGCAAAGUGCUAUUUUAUUCUCCGCAAGAAUACUCUAAAUUCAUCCAUACGAAUUGAUCCAAGGCUACAGAAAAAGAAGAAAAAGCACAGACGCCCACAACACAAGAUUAAUUGGUUAUUUCGCAAACCAGCUUCUAAGCACGAUUCAGUGGACAGUGGAAACAGCAGUCCUCCUCCUCACAAUCUGUUUGGCAUUUCUUUAUGGAAGUUGUGUCCAGAUAAUACAAUACCAAAACCAGUUAUGACUAUGCUAGUUCAGUUGUUUCUACAAGGACCUUAUACUGUGGGGAUAUUUCGUAAAUCUGCAAAUGCUAGAGCCUGUCGAGAGUUAAAAGAGAAGUUAGAAGCAGAUCCAGAAUGUGAUAUGAGAAAUAUUUCUGUGAUUGUGCUGUCUUCCGUAUUUAAGGAAUUUUUAAGGAGUCUUCCAGAUUGCCUUCUUCAGUCUGAUCUGUACAAACAUUGGCUUCAGGCAGUUUCAUACGAAUCUGAAUGGGAAUGCAAGAAAAGAGUUUUAAGUUUACUGUCUCAACUACCUCCUCCAAACAUUCGACUGUUACAGUAUUUGCUAUGUAUGCUGUGGCAUAUAGCUCAGCAUUCUGCAGAAAAUAAAAUGUCUUCUAUGAAUCUCGCAGUUUGUAUUGGACCUACUCUACUGAAUCCUGGAAAGUUUCAAUCUCCUGUCCUACAACAAGAGGAUGUUGCCAAACGUGUUCCCAAAGCUGUUGCAUUUUUAAUUGACCACUGUGUGGAAUUAUUCGGAGAUCAAAUUCUUCAACUGCUUGGGCCAUUUCCUGAGAGAGAUACCUCAAGACAAGAUUCAGGAGCUGAAGAGUCUGAUAGUUUGCACAGUCUUCAUGAUCUUGGAGGUCAAUAUCGAAGAGAUGAUUCAUCAAUUGACAGCCUUGAUAGAGAUUUCCUCGAUGAGAGUGAACCUAGUCCAAAACUCCCUUGUAAAAGCAAAAUGUCUCUCACAAAUCUCAGCCGAGAUUCUGGCCUGACGUUGAGUGACACCCAGCUGUAUACCCCUGAAGAAGAAGCCGAAAGUGAGUCAUCUAGUGCAGAUAGUCGAAGAGGCAACUCUGGAAUCCUCACAAAAAGUGUCCCGCAUCUUGAUACUGCUGGUUUGGAGUGUAAUACAGCUUCCUACAGUAAAAAUGGCGGCGUGAGCAUUGAUGGAUCCUGCCACGAUGUAGUACGCAAGAGACGACAAGGCAUGGAGGCUCAUAGGACGAAAUCUUUAGCCACUUGUUCAUCAUACACUCAUUCAGACUAUCAUUGUGAUGGAAGUCCUCAUUUGCCUUUGCAGCUAUCUCAGUCCUAUAGCUACAGUAUGCAACAAGACUUGAUGGACAGGAGCUACGACUGUUUCAUUCGAAAUUUUCACAAUCCCGUCAGGCGACGGGAUGUGAAGGGUCGUUCUGCUGUUCAGAGGCCAAUUGUAUCUGCUGUCGAGCCAGUAGAUGAUUAUGUUGAGGGUACUUUACGCAGGAGUGCAUCCGAGGAGAGCUUAUUACAGAAAUAUGUCGGUACAUCUGCUUCUAAGCGCAUUCUAACACAACGGAAACGAAGAGCACCGUCACCACCUAGCCAGAAAGGCACUGCUUCUGCUCCAUGUAGUACGAAAAAGACUGAUCACUCGAUGAACAAUCUGAAUCGAGAGCUAUCAAAUUGCUCGUUGAGUAGGACUCCCGAUAGACAUGCCGUGUGGUUUGCAAGUCAUUCCAGAAGAACUGAUUGGAAGAGGAGUCAAUCUACCUCCAAAAUCGAUGAAAUUGAUCAAGCGCAUGAUUCAAGUACGCUGUCAUUAGUAUCCAGUGAGGACAGUACACCUCAAGUGUCGCGCAGCAAUAGCAGAGUUCAAGAGCUUAGCUCAAAGUCUCAUGGGGACUUGUAUGCCAUAUAUUACAGUCCACCAAGGGUCAACAGUGUUUGUAGUUCAACUUCAGAAGGUAGUCAGCAAUCUCAUAAUUCUCGUUGUUCUCAGUCUUCCAUUAAAUCUAACAGCUCUCAUCGAUCACAAAGAUCAAAUUGCUCUGCAAAAAACUCUCCAUCAAAACCUAGUGAACCUCCUAGCUAUCAGGAGGCCAUCAACAGGCAGACAUUGCUUAAACACAUGCAGCAACCGACUGUAAUUUCCGUGAAGCCUGUCACGGAAGAGAUGCGAGCCGAGCAGACUUCUCUCAGUGCUAAGGCCAGAGAACUUUAUGAGAAUUCUGUUCGAAUGUACACUCAGCAAAUUCCGGAUGUAGAAGAAACUCAUCGAGCCGUUCCAGCAAAUAUAGAUAGUGUAGAUGGGAACUAUAAGACUUGUAUAUUGGUUAAAUCUGCUCAAAGCUCGCCUCGGACUGGUAAUCUGGAGAGCCCCCACACCAGGUUAAGGCACUUGCCACCUGUUCAUGUUACUGAUGCACAAUUGCAUCGAGUAAGAAACUUUCACAUUAGACCUAGGCAUACCAGGGAAAUAUUACCAGAAGAGCUGAGGAAAGAAAUUAACUGGAGUGUAGCUCAGUUAAGAGAAUUGUUUAGUAGGCAGCAACAAGAAAAUAAAAACUGCAAUAUCUCCUCAUAUCUAGACAAAAGUGAGGAAAUAGCCAACAGCAGGCAUCCUCGAAGGCUUGCUCAGCAACAACACACUCGCAGCCGCAGUUUGAGUACGAGAAGUGAAGAGGAAUCAUUUGUCUAAGUCUUUAAAAAAAGAAUACCAUUGAAUCACUAAAUGUAAGAAACAUUUACAGUUUGGCCUUGCUAUUUCCUUUAUGUGUGGGGUGAAUGCUAGGUUAAACAGAUUUAAAAAUUGUAUGUAUUUUUCUUCAUUUAUUGAUUCAUGCAUUUGUACAUAGCCCCUCCUUUUCUCUCAGGUUUCAAACAAAGAUUUUUUUUAAAAUUUUGCUUUCAUUGUAAAUUAUCACAGAAUAUAACAUUUUUCGCAUUUAUUUACUAAACUCAUUGUGCAAUUUACAGACGCUUCUUUUUAUGUAAAUAUAUAUUGAAAAGAUCCGAGGGUUUUUCCCUCAAGAAUUUUUUUCUAUAACAUUUCUUUUGUUAGAUUCUUGAAUAAGUUUAUGUUUCAAAUUUUAUUGUUGCUUUCACAGUUUUUAACACAUAUAAAAAUAUGUUCGCUCUGUGUCUGAUGCCAACUUUGAAGCUCAUUUUUGUAUAUUUACUGUAUACAGUUUUUCUAUUAAAAUAAUAAAUUUUGUCAUUGAUA